AUGAGGGAUGAGCACAGUCCACAGAAGAAAGUGAUAACAAGCGAGGAGUACAUCGCACUUAGUGAGGAAAUCGGAGACAAUGCUUCUUUAGAGCAGUCAAAAGAGAUGUUUAUUCUAUUUGGAGAUGUGAAAGAUUAUAAUGAAUCUGUUCAUGAGAAACUUAUUGCUUACGUGCAGACAGUUGAGCAGAGCGAGGGCCUUGAAUCUUGCUUUUCUUUGCUGGACACUGCUUUUAAUGCUCCAGAAAAAGGCAUAGCAGAGCUAGUACAGAUUAAUACGGUGUUAGAGGCAGCUAUUGCAAAGAUAAAGAAGUAUGAGGGGAAGUGGGACGAAAAGCUACUGGGGCAGGAAGUAAAGGCCAAAUCAGAGCCAGUUUUAGUGCCAGAGAAGAGCGGGAGUGAGGUGUUUGAUAUUCCGCGGCACCCACUGCAGAGUAUAAUACGAUCGGGAUUAUUUACAUUUAAGAAGCUAGCUAAGCUGCGAAACGAGCUUAAGCUGAAAAGAGAAAGAGCAGAGAAGAUCAUUGAGCAGGAAGAACCAUCAAAAGAGGAAGAGGGCGACGACAUGUUGUCUUUCUUCUCUACACUAUCGGAGGAGGUUGUUGGUGGCAUUGUGGCCACUGUGGAGGAAAUGGACACUGCAAAAAUAUUUACAGGCGAGUGGGAUGGGUCUAAUUUUGCAAAUAUCCAGCUGGAUUGCAUUGAGCUGUGUCUGUGCUUCUUGGAGAUGUAUGCUCGCAGCUCUAUUAUAUUUAGACACCCUGUGAUGCAGAGAGACGCGUUGGUGUCUUUUUCAAACCUAGAGUACAAAAAGUACAUUGAGUAUCUAGGAGGGCUAUUUAUUGAGGAACUUGAGUCAGAGCUUGUUGGGUGUUUUUCUCUUUCUAUGCAGCUGUCUAUUUUUCUACGUGGCCGUGCGCUUAUUGACUGCUUUUCUCUGUUUUCCGGAGAAGGGAAAACCAUUCUUAGAGACAAGUACAUUUUGCACAUCCAGAAUGAUGUUCUUAGGUGUCUUGGGGUGCUCUAUCGCACAGAGAGAAACUAUACUAUGAUAGACAUUGUCUACUCGUUCUAUACAACAAACUGUUUAGACACUUUCACCCCGCAGCAGAAGAAACAGAUUAUAAGCCAGUCUGUUGACAUACUUAUUAAAUAUUUAGACCAGGAAAGAGUGCUUAAGCUGAUUAAAAAAAUAAUAUACUUGUAUGAUAGCUCUGCGCAGUACUCAGAGGGCAUGGCGCUUCUUAUCUCUAUAUUCCUAUCAAAGAUUCGAUCAAAGAAUCCUAGCAGCAUAAAAGAGAUAAAUGACUGUUUUAUCACAAUCAUAUCAAGAAGCCCAAAUAAGAUAGAGCACAUUGAUUCUUACUGCACUUUCCUUUCCAUGCAUGAUAUAGGAAUACCUUUGCACCAUCUUGUACGGCGAUUUGACCCGCAGUUUAUAUCAACUUUCUACUCAACGUACUUUAGGCACCCAUUCACGCUGGAAAAGGGAACCCAAGCAGUUGGUGACUUUAUUAACUUUGUAUGUCUCUCAGCUGAGCUUACAUACAUAUACAUUCUAAACAUGGUCCCGUUUAUUCCCACUUCGCCCUUCAUAGUGCACAAGCUAUUUCUUAUAUACAAAAGAAUAUACGCGAACGCAGAGAUGUUCCCUCGGGGAAUUGAUACAGAGCUAAUGCUUCUGCGAAUGAAAACUCCUGCACUCGUGGGAAUUGCUGGGUAUAUCUUCAGCGAUCCAAAGCCGCUGAUAAAAAGCAAGCAGCUGAAAAAGAUGGCGUCUGUUGUGGGCAUCAGCCACAAGCUGAAUGAGGACUACAUUUUGUUUCUUAAUUUAGUAUACUCUGUUGAAAAGGCAAAGAUUGAGAAUUACAACUAUAAUGGGAUUAUAAGUUACCUAGAGGACGAAGUAACUCUUAAGUAUAUGGGGAAGCACCUGCCACAGAUAAUUGCAAUGGUUCACAACGAUGUGUGUGUUGAGUCAAUAGACUUUUAUAAAACGUAUACAUGUGAGUUGUUAAAAAUAGCUGCGGUGCCAACCGCAUACCCACUUUCAUUAAAAAUUAUUGUGGAGAUACUUGCGAUUCUUAUGCAUAAAGAGCCAUCGAUUAUCCUUUCGGAGGAAAUUCAUAUUCGAUUUAAGGAGUGCUUUGAUACGUUCCGCGGAAAUGAGCUCUCUAUGUACAACCUAAAAGAGACCUUCCACAAGUAUACAAUUCUCUAUGAAAGCAUUCUGGCCCGGAUCAAAGAAGAGGUAAUUGAAGCGUACAAUUAUAUUGUUCUAAACAUUGUGGACUUUGGCCUAUUCCAUGCUCUACCAGUCAUGCGGGAUGAACGGGGAAUAAAAGAACUUUUAAACCGAUCAAACCUUAUUAUGAAGAUAAUAAAGGCCUUUCCAACCAAUCCCAUGCAGGGAAUAGAGAUAUGGGAGUGGCUAUACUCUGUUUGCACCAAAAAGACAAAUAAACCCGGGGCGCUUGGCAAUAUAUCUGGAAACAGCGGAUCCAUUGACAGAUGCCCAAACAAAACACCGCUUACAGAAGAAGAGUAUGCGCAUCUUCUGUAUGCCAUAAAUACCGAGUGGAUUAACGAUCUCAUAACAAUUCGGGGGAGCACUCCUGGAAUAAUUGAAAACACUCGGAGCUAUUUAAGGUGGAUACUAAGCGAGGAAUACUCUCUAGAGACCUUGCUUGUUCUACUGAAAGUAUCCACCAGAGAAGAGAAGAAAGAGCUGCUUAAAAGGGCUGUGCUAACAGGAUACAAUAUGAAAGAAGACCCUUCUGUGUAUCAUGCCCUCUAUAUGGCAGCAAAGGGAACCUUCUACGAGUAUCCUCUGGCGCAUACAUACAAUUUCCUAUCUGCUCUCACAAAAACCAAGAAGUAUUUAAAGGUGAGGAGUCUGAAGGAGCAGGAGCUGUAUGACAUGAACACCGAUGAGCUAAUAUUCCUUAGUACAGAGUAUGGGGAGAGGAAAGUACAGGAAGUUCUUGCAAAGAAGCAGACACUUAACUGUGUGGGGUUCUUUAUAGACAUAAAUAAGCUAAGCACAAUAGAAGCUCUUUCUGUUAUAGGAAACUCGCAGGAGGAAGACGAUGUGUUCAAAGCUCUCACGCACCUGGAGAGCGAGGCUGCUAAGAGUGACUCUUUAGUCUUUUAUGCGCCGCAGAUAGUACAGCUACUCAGGAAGAACUAUGCUGCAAAUGGAAAUGUAAUUAAAGAGGCGCUAAUUAAGACUGUGCUUGGGAAGGCAGCUGCAAGCAAAACCGCACAUGCUCUUAUAUGGGAGCUGAAGGCGCAGGGGAACUCUUCUUUGAAAAUCUAUGAAGAUGCGAUACUGAACAACCUUUCACAAGAGGACAGAGAAAAGUAUGUAGACAUGGAUAUUUUUUUAGGCAAGUUUUCUAAUGUGUCAGAAAAGCUGCAAAAGCAUGUCGCUGUGGAUCGAGACACAAAGAAAAAGAUGAUAAACGAGGAGAUAUCCAAGGUUACAUUUCCAGACGAUUGUUAUCUCCCAACCACUGGCGAGACCAUUAUAAAAGUUGUCGAGGGGUCUGGAAGGUCGCUACAGAGCGCAGAGAAGGUUCCAUAUAUGGUCACAUUCAAGGUGAAAGACUCCAAGAACAAUAAUGAGCCUGCAGACCGGCAAGUGAUUUUUAAGUUUGGAGACGACUGCCGGCAGGAUGUGCUGGCAUUGCAGAUUAUAAAGAUGUUCCAGAACAUUUUCAAGGAAAAGGGGCUUUCGGUAUAUUUGUAUCCGUAUAAGGUUCUUGCAACUGGGUAUGGGUCGGGUAUUAUUGAAGUAAUUCCUCACUCUAUUUCUAGGGACCAGCUGGGAAGGGAGCGGGUAAACAAUUUAGUGGAUUACUUCUCUCUUAAGUAUGGGUAUAGAGAGGGGCAUAGAUAUAUUCAAGCACUGAAGAAUUUUGUUGAAAGUUUUGCUGGAUACUCUCUUGUGACAUACAUUCUAAACAUUAAGGACCGGCACAAUGGAAAUAUAAUGCUAACCGACGACGGGCAUCUAAUCCAUAUUGAUUUUGGGUUUAUGCUAGACAUCUCACCAGGUAACAUUAAUAUAGAAAGCCCUAUAAAGAUUACUGACGAGAUUUUUUCUUUGCUUGGGGGUGCAGAGGGAGAAGCAUUUAUAAUGUACAGAGACUUAAUGGUCAAGGGAUUCUAUCUAUUAAGAAAGCACGCACGGGAAAUUGCAUUUAUGAUUGAUCUGGGCAGGCACAGCGGUAUUUCGUGCUAUACUCCUGCUACUAUGAAGAAUUUAAUAGCUCGGUUUAGACUAGACCUUUCUGAUGUUGAGGUUCCAGCCUUUGUGCAUAAGCUCAUUGCCUCCUCAACCAAGAAGCUACGAACCUGGAUAUAUGACCAAUACCAACAUAUAACAAACAACAUAGCAUUUUAACAGGCA